UUGUUCUAAUCUGAUUUAACUUUCACCUUUUAUUGGGCUAGAAUUUCCCAACUGCUUUGAACCAAAACUUCUCAUAGGAUUUCCCCAGACUACCUUUAACUGUAUUAUCCAUCUGUCCCUGAGUCAUCAGAAUGUUCCGCGACUUCCAGCGCACCAAGAAGAGCCCACUGGUUACCAUCCCUCUUUCACUGUCUGUGGAAACCUCACCUGUGCCAUCUUUCUAAGCGGAUGGAUCUUACCCUGGGGCAAGGCCCCAUUGUAGUUACCAGACUGGAGGGCAGAUGGGACCGCUUGGAAAUCCCGGAUGCCAGCCCCAGGGGUGGGGCCUUCAUCUCACUGGAUAGGGAUAGAAGUGGGCUGCCAGAGAAGGAGGUGCAGAAACCGGCCGAGGUGAGGUUAAGGGACUCCAGGAAACUGCUUCGUGCUCCCAGGAGGGCAGAGGCGUGGCCAGAAGCCAGGCAGUCCUGAGCCACCUGCAGCAAGCCAGAGGGCGACGGGGACACCAGAAGCACCAUGGCAGGGGGCCACUGGGGGGCGCCCGCGACACCGCGGAUGCCCGCGCCCACCACACCACAGAAAGCCGUCGGGGGGCGCCUUCGUGGGGCGGGUCCCGGGAGCGCUGUAGCGAGAAGAGCGCCGCGGUGCAGUCGCUGUUCCCCGCAGAUGCAGAUGGAGCUUUGGUGUGAGCCACCGGCCGGCAGGCGCGGCCCCUCACUCCCUGGGACGUCUACCCUGGCCCUGGCCCUUGCCUCCGCCGGGCUCCUGCUGCUGCUGCGGCCCCUGGGUUGCUUGGGCGCCGGUGACGCGCUGGGGGCACUGUCCACGGAUGUCCCCGCCGGCCUGGAUGCCCUAUGUGCCCCCAGCGCCACCUGUCCCUCGGGCAGACGUCGCUUACCCCGGCAGGUCACUGGUGGUAGCCAGCCGCUCAGUACUGCGCAGUACGCUGCUUCUAAAACCCCCGACAGCGAGUUCGUUCCCCCCUGUGGCUUCUCCUAUGAGCGUGACCCCACCCUCAGGGAUCCGGAGUCCAUGGCGCGGCGGUGGCCGUGGAUGGUCAGUGUGCGGGCCAAUGGCACACACAUCUGUGCAGGAACCCUCAUUGCCUCCGAGUGGGUGCUGACUGCGGCCCACUGCAUGACCCAGAGUGACAUUACCUUUUCAGUACGGGUGGGGAGUCCAUGGAUUGACCAGGUGACGAAGACUACCAUCGACACCCUGGCGGAAGAGGUCAUUGUGCACAGCCAUUAUCGAGCCCAUCGGUACUGGUCCUGGAUUGGCCGGGCCAACGACAUUGCCCUCCUCAACCUUGAGCGGCCACUGCAGUACAGCAAGUAUGUCUGGCCCAUCUGCCUGCCUGGCUUGGACUACUCGCUGAAGGACUACUCCCUCUGCACCGUGACGGGCUGGGGAGCCCCCAGGGUUGAUGGUGAAUGGCCCCAAUUUCGAACCAUCCAGGAGAAGGAAGUCACCAUCCUGAACAGCACAGAGUGUGACAGCCUCUACCGCAGCUUCUCCAAAAUCCCCUCUCUGAUUCAGAUCAUCAACUCCCAGAUGAUUUGUGCAAAGGACGUCGACAGGCAAAAAUUCUGCUACGAGAUAAGUGCUGAGCCCUUGGCCUGUCCUGUGCAGAAUAUAUGGCACCUGGUGGGAGUGGUGAGCUGGGGCCCAGGCUGCAAGAAGGACGAGGCUCCGCCUAUCUAUGUCCACAUCUCUUCCUACCAACAGUGGAUCUGGGACCGCAUCAACAGGCAGACUCUGCCAGCCCCAUCCCGGGCCCUGCUCCUGGCACUCCUAAUGCUCCUCAGCUUCCUUGCUGCCCUCUGACACUCGUGCUGUCCCUGGGUGUGCCCUCCCUUGCCCAGACCCCU